AUGAAGUGGAAUGCGAUUGCGGCCCUGGGGCUCGUCGCCCCUACUCAGGCACUGCUUCGCUUUGGCUGCGCCCGCCUGACGAUCCAACGCCUGGAUCCGCUGGUCACACCGGGCCAGAACCCGUCGCCACAUCUUCACCAGAUUAUUGGGGGUAACUCGUUCAACGUGUCGAUGUACCACCCGGAGCACGACCUCGUCAAACAGUCGACGUGCACCAGCUGCCAGUUCACCGAGGACUUCUCCAACUACUGGACGGCCGUGCUGUUCUUCCGCGCGCGCAACGGCACCUUCAAGCGGGUGCCCCAGAUCGCGCAGGCGGGGAUGGAGGGCACGCAGGGCGGGAUGGUGGUGUACUACAUGUCGGACGCGCUGUUCGACACGGCGCAGCGCUCGUCCGUGACGGCCUUCAAGCCCGGGUUCCGCAUGCUGAUCGGCGACGCGACCAUCAAGACGCGCGACGACGCACGCGCCUUCCGGCAGCUGACCUACACGUGCAUGGAGAACCAGGCGUCGCGCCAGCCCGAGUCGGUCGGCUUCCCCAAGACGCCGUGCAAACUGGGCAUCAUGGCCAACCACCGCUUCCCGACCUGCUGGGACGGCGUCAACCUCGACUCGCCCAACCACCGCGACCACGUCGCCUACCCGGAGACGGGCACCUUCGAGUCCGGCGGCCGGUGUCCCGCGACGCACCCGGUCAAGAUCCCGCAGAUCCUGCUGGAGACCGUCUGGGAUACCUCCCAGUUCAAUCGGAAGGAGGACUGGCCCGCCGACGGUAGCCAGCCGUUCGUGUGGUCGAACGGCGACAGCACCGGAUACUCGAGCCACGCCGACUACGUCUUUGGCUGGAAGGACGACGCGCUGCAGCGGGCCAUGGACGCGCACACGUACGUCUCGGCGCCCAUGCUCAAGACGCAGAGCAUCGCGCAGCAGAACCAGUGCCAGAGUACGGUCAGGAAGAUGGUCAAUGAGGAUGUGGAUGGCUGUAAGUGACAGCGUUUGCCCUGUAUGUGUGUGUGCGGUGAGAAGAGCGUGCUGACGAUUUUUGUUGUGAUGCAGGGCUGAAGGAG